AUGGACCCUCAUGUUUCAAUCAAAAAAUCACAUCUGGACACGCUCCUUCGCAGGGCGGAGUUGCAUAGCUCGUCUACCGAUUUUGAUGCUUCUUCGAACGUUAUGACGGUUACCAUCCCGAAAUCGGAGCACGACCUUCUUCUUCGUAGAUCCCGCGAAUAUGAUAAUUUGAAGCAGGCUCUGUACGAUGGAGGUGUAACCGAGGAAGCUCUUGAAACUUUGAUAAGCGGCCCUGGAAAUUUGGAGGACCAAGGGGAGUCAUUCGACAGUACCAUGGGCAGCAAAGCCCCAACUGAGAUUGGACAUCUCCCACGCCAUCCUUUACACUCCAUCUCGAAUGAUCCGAUUAGCAAGAAUACUACCCCUAAUGACAGUUGGCCUCGGAAUUCUGCGGACAGGGCUCUAAGGGUUCAUACUAACAGCAAUGGACGUCGAUCGAGCCUCGAAAAUGAUGUGACAUCCUUCCCGAGCGACGAAAGGGAUGAUGGAGUACAUCUUGGCAACAUCCAGUCUAGGCAAGACCGCCAGCAGCCUUCAAAUUGUACGGAAAACCGUACUCUCCUUCUGAAAGGUCUCCCCGAGCGUGCAACUCACCGCGAUAUUGUUGCCGCGAUUCGGGGUGGCGCGCUGGUUGAUGUUUUCCUACGACCCAGAGAGCGUCAGGCAAGCGUCUCUUUUGCUGAGGGUAAAUCUGCCCAAGAAUUUUUGGCCUUUACUAAACGCCAGGACCUUUAUAUUCUUGAUAAGCUGAUUGAGGUCACUUGGAAUGAACGCCAAUUUUACCUUCCUGGCCUUGUUGCCGGCAAGCUGGCGAAUGGAGCUUCACGUAACCUGAUAAUCCGUUCAGUGCACCCCAAUCUGACAGAAUCCAAGAUUCGUGAUGACUUGGAACAUAUCCAUAACCUGGUAGUGAUCGAUAUCACUUUUGAUAAGGGGAAUGCAUAUAUCUCGACUAACUCAGUACACAAUGCCUUGUUUGCACGAACUUGCAUGAUGUCUCGUUUGGCGUACAAGGGCAUGAAAAUUGAGUACUACCCGGAUGAAUGUGCUGACCCGUUGCCGAAGGUGCAGUAUGUGCCGAAGAAAGUUGCGCCACAACCUCCAGCUAGGAAACCAGCUCCAAUGACCAACCGUUUUCAGAUGCUGAACAUGGACGGGGCUAACGACUCCGAGGGCGAAGAUGAACUGACGAGUAGUACCUCUCUCGGUGGCAACCUAAGCUGGGCCAACUCCAGCAUUGCAGUUUAG